AUGGAUCAAACCAUGUUCCAGGGAAUGCCACCUGGAGCAAGGGUUUGCAUCAGCCCUAAUGGAUGGAUUGAUUCAGAACUAUUUGAAACCUGGGUGACAGAGCAUUUUUUAAAACAUAUCCCAGCUGUUAGGCCAGUGUUGUUAUUGCUAGAUGGGCACAGCACUCAUGUUAGACUUGAGGUGGUGAUGAAAUGCAAAGAGAAUGCUAUUAUUCUCUUUGCACUUCCUCCCCACACCACUCACAAACUGCAGCCACUCGACCGGGGUUGUUUCAAGCCACUGAAGGAGCAUUACAAAAUAGAAUGCAAAGAUUUCAUGGAGAAAAAUCCCAGGCGAGUGGUUAGUCGCUUUGUGUUUGGAAAGCUGUUUGGUGCAGUCUACACAAAGAGUCUGUGUCCAUCUACCAUCAUCAACGCAUUUUCGAAAUGUGGAGUUUUCCCAUUUGCACCACAGGUUGUUUUGACAUCUGAUGAUAUGGCACCAUCAUUAGUUGGCAACACAGCUAUUAACAUCUCCAGUGUUGCUGAUGUCACCAAAGCACUUAAGGUGAUGGGAAUAUUUGGUCCAUCCGAGUCACUGUCCAGAACCUCCCUCUCUCAGCCUCUGGUGGCCUCUGCAAACAAUGACGUACAAGCUUGUCCUCCGACUAUCACCACCCAGACUGUAGAACAGGAUGAGGAUGCCAUCACCAUCAUGACUGUGGAACAGGAUGAAGACGCCGUCACCACUCAGACUGUGGAACAGGAUGAAGAUGCCGUCACCACCCCGACUAUCACCACCCAGACUGUGGAACAUCAUGAUGAGGGUGCCGUCACUACAAUUACAUUUCAGUCGGAGGUUCACGAGUACCAAGAAGAAACUCCCAGUUUCGUCCCUUCAUCCCUUCCCUUCCAGUCUCCCCAGUAA